AUGUCUUUUGGUGUGUCGAUUAAAGUCCUGCAUGAGGAUGAGGGCCACAAUGUGACAUGUCAGACAAACACCAGCAAGGUAUAUCGGGGGAAGCUCAUUGAAGUGGAGGGCAACAUGAACUACCAGAUAUCCAACAUCACAGUCACGUACAGAGAUGGCCGAGUGGCACAGCUGGAGCGGGUGUACAUCCGAGGCAGCAACAUCUGUUUUUUGAUUUUGCCUGACAUGCUGAAAAAUGCGCUGAUGUUAAAGAGCAUGAAAAAUAAAAACCAAGGCUCAGGGGCCAACUGGGGAAAAGCUGCUAUUCUAAAGGUUCAAGUGGCUGCAAGAGGAAGAGGACGUGGAAUGGGACGUGGAAACAUCUUCCAGAAGCGAAGAUAACUUUCCCUGUUGAAUAUAACU